AUGAGCUGGAAAGGAGAGGCUAGCCAUAGACAAGUGCAGAGAACCACUCUCAUUAUCAUCAAGGACAACCUUAGAGUCUCCAUGUCACUCAGUAACUUUCAAGAUCGUUGCAAACGGCACCUCGUCUCAGGUGCAGUCACUCGUCCCUUCUGGAACGGAUUCCCACUGUGCAAUAUCCACCUGUCAAUCAUGCCAGACAUUCUGCAUCAGCUGUAUCAAGGCAUGGUCAAGCAUCUGAUCCACUGGUGUAGCAGUCUAAUGUCAGAGAAGGAACUGGAUGAUAGAAUUUGCUGCCUACCCCCUUGCUUCAGUGUGCGCCAUUUCAAGAAAGGGUGGUCAGAACUUUCACAGGUGUCUGGGAAGGAGAGAAAGGAUAUGGCGAGGAUUUUACUAGGGUGUCUGAUUGGUAAGGCCCCAUCUCAAGUCAUUCUUUGCUAUCACACAAUCCUUGACUUUGUUUAUAUCGCGCAGUACCCCUCCCAUGACAACAACACCCUACAGUAUCUUGACGAUGCAUUGAAACUAUUUCACGACAACAAACACAUUCUCACCGAUCUAAAUCUAGUCCCAGUCAGAGAGCAUCUCAACAUAUUGAAAUUUCACGCCAUGAUAUACUAUGCCCAAGCAAUACGAGACUUUGGAAUCACUGACAAUUACAAUACCAAAAUGUUUAAAAGAGCAUCAAACUUUCAUGAUGAACUUCCCUCAAAUGGUACAGUGGCUGGCAGGCAAGAGAAAGUCAAUAUGUUUGAAAGCUAUUUGGAGCAUUACGAGAUCAAGCUAUUCCUAGAUCCCAACUACGCUUUACUCAGCUCUCUUUCAAUAAGAUUUCUGUCUGGCACUCAUGUUAAGAUGGGAGUGAAGUGGGCCGCUUCUAGAGGCUACUGA